AGUACGGCGAGAGCAGACCAGACCAGAAACAGAGAUAUCGGAAGGCGCAAGCUGCAGCCUGGGAGAAGGACAGCUAGCUUUGCAAAAAGCAAUCCCCGAUCGGGCAGACAACGCCAGCGGGAGGAAACAGCACCAUGGCUGAUGGUCAUGAACCAUACAUUGAAAUAUGUGAGCAGCCUAGACAGAGAGGGAUGCGUUUCCGGUACAAAUGUGAGGGGAGAUCAGCAGGCAGUAUUCCAGGAGAACACAGCAGCGAUAUGAAUCGGACUUUCCCAGCUCUUCAGGUGUUCAACUACUUCGGGAAAAUAAAAAUCAGAAUAACGUUGGUGACCAAGAACGAGCCAUACAGACCUCACCCCCAUCGGCUGGUUGGAAAAGACUGCGAAAAUGGUUUCUAUGAAGCUGAAUUUGGGCCGGAACGCAGAGUUCUGAUUUUUCAGAAUUUGGGCAUACAGUGCGUGAAGAAGAGAGAGCUCAAGGAAUCUAUCAUCUCCCGGAUCGCAAAGCAAAUCAACCCCUUCAGUGUAUCUGAAGAGGAGCUGAUGGCCAUCGAAGAGUACAACCUCAAUGUGGUGAGGCUCUGCUUCCAAGCUUUCCUCCCUGACGAACACGGCAACUGCACACUACCCCUUGCCCCAGUCAUCUCCAACCCGAUUUAUGACAACCGGGCUCCCAAUUCAGCAGAACUGAGAAUCUGUCGUGUGAACAAAAAUUGCGGAAGUGUGAAAGGAGGAGACGAAAUCUUCCUACUGUGUGACAAAGUUCAGAAAGAUGACAUCGAGGUCAGAUUCGUCAUGAACGAAUGGGAAGCCAAGGGGAUUUUCUCACAAGCCGACGUGCAUCGGCAAGUCGCCAUUGUCUUUAGGACGCCUCCCUUUUACAAAGACAUCGGUGAGCCCGUGACUGUGAAGAUGCAGUUGCGCAGGCCUUCGGAUCAAGAGGUCAGCGACCCCAUGGACUUCAGAUACCUGCCAGAGGAGAAAGAUCCUUAUGGUCAUAAGGCAAAAAAACAGAGAUCACCAAUUGCUUUGCAGAAGCUAAUGCAAGACUGUGGUCCAUACGAGAGGUCCAAACCUUCUGUGUUCCAGAAUACUGCUGGUGAAGCAAAGAUAAUUAAGAAAGAACUGAAUAUGUAUCACUCUCCAGGGGAUGUCCUCCUCCCACCGCAGAGAACACAUGCGCAGACCUUUCCGGUGCAGUCCUAUUAUUCCCCUCCGAUGAGCAACCACAGUUCCAAUGGAUGCCCUGACCCAUCUCUGCAGAUGGCAGGGCCCGCUAAGCAGGACGGAGCUCCUCUGCCAUGCUGGCGUUCCUCCAGUUCAUCUCUCAGCUCUUUCCUGCAGCAAGGCAACUUUUCAGGAGAAGCGUCGCACACCAGCAUGCAGAACAGUGGUUCUCCAUCACUGGGACAGGAAAGCAGCCUGCACUGGGCCAACGAAAAGGAUGGGAACCUCUACCGAGCGUUCUUUGGAGCCAUGAAUGGCCAAGCAUCAGCAUCAGCAUCAGCAUCAUCCAUGUAUCAGCAAGACAUGUUGAGUGUGUCCAGCAGUGCCGGCAGCCAGCCUCUUCACCCUGUAAAUGUUGCAACGCCCAACGGAAAUGGCAUGGAGAUGGAUGAUGCCCGCUGCUCAAGCGUAAUGAUGGAGAAGGCAUCCUUCACCCAAGUUUUGAAUCCAAGUGAUCACAGGAGGCAAGUCCAGCCAGCGUCGCAUCCUGGCAUGUCAGUAGCAGUUUCAAGUAGCUCAUCUUCGAGUUCCAUCUCCAGAGCCUUUGAGACGAUGCCCUUCACUUACCUGGAUAGCCUCAAUGAAUCAAGACCUCCUAGCAACCUUGCCGUGCAGAAUCCAAUGAAUUUAUCCAAUAACCAGUACUUUCCAUACAGCACCCAAGACGAAGAGUUGCUUAGCUCUUUUGGAGGCAAUUUUGAUGCCAUUAUUUGAAGCUCUGAAUAGCGAUUAGGUCAAGUUGUUGCUCCAGUAGACAGGCAAUGGUUUCUUUCAACAGGAUAAUUAGAUUUUACAUGACUUUUGCGGGAAAGUAAUAUUCCUUUUCAAUGUACUAGUAUAUGCUGGAAUUUAAACAACGUAGAAAUUGGAGUUCUUGGUGCAAUCAGGAAAUCAAAUGAAAAGGUUCCAAGAACUCGGGCCAGGAAGGAGAUUAAUUGUGAAUUAUUCAAACUGUUUUAUGCUUAAGGUAAUGAGACAAAUUCAUGGUCAAGCACAGUUGGUACACUUUGACCAUGAAACUAUAGCUGAUGAAGAAUAAAUGAAACAGGGCCUUGUCCUGGAUUUGAAAACCAUUUCAACUGGAAUUUGUCUCAUUACCUUAAGCAUAAAACAGUUUGAAGAAUUCACAAUUAAUCUCCUAUCUGGCCCGAGUUCUUUGAAUUUAAACAAUGCCACGGCAAUUUUAGGAUUAGUGAUGGAGGGGCAAUCAGGUGAGGUUUGAUAGGUUUUUUUGUUUUUUUACUUUGCUUUGUACAAAGCACUCUGUUGUUAUCUUCUUGUGCUGCUGAAAAAAGUUGAUUGAGAGGGUUUAUUUAAUUUUUUAAAUUAUAUUUUGGUGCAUUUUUUGUAGCCAGACUCUUGGUUAAACCAUGUUCAGCUGAACCAAUGAGUUUUGCACCUCCCAACCCCCUUUUUUGUAUUCUGGCCUUGACGGGUCUUAUCCAGGGGUGCUGUACAGGGCACAGUCACAUUGUUGGUUGACUGGGCACUGAUGUAUUACGUUUUCCAGAAAUUCUUUGAAAAAAGAUUUUAUUUUAUGUUUUUAAAAAAAGCUUUAAUGCAACAUUGACUAUGCCAGUGUUGGUAGCUUCACAAGUGGAGAUCAAACUGCACUAUUUUUGUUUCAUUUGUUCAGAGAAUAGUUGAGUACAGUGGUACCUCGGGUUACAAACGCUUCAGGUUACAAAUGCUUUGGGUUACAGACUCGGCUAACCCAGAAAUAGUUCCUCAGGUUAAGAACUUUGCUUCAGGAUGAGAACAGAAAUUGUGCUCUGGCGUCGCGGCAGCAGCAGGAGGCCCCAUUAGCUAAAGUGGUGCUUCAGGUUAAGAACCGUUUCAGGUUAAGAAUUGGACCUCCGGAACGAACUAAGUUCUUAACCAGAGGUACCAUUGGCCUUUGCCCAAUGCCUCCCAUAGCCAGUGGCCAGCCUGUAGCCUGGGUCUUCUACCCUUAAGUCCUCCCUUGAUGCUGUCUUUGGGAGGCGGCGGCCCUUGCCACAUCAUGCCCCCUUCUCUGUCUUCAGAUUGCAAUUGUGCAGGGCCUAGCUCAGUGGUAGAUCACCUGCCAAGUUCAGCCCUAGGUGUCUCCAGAUAGGGCUGGGGAACACUCCCAGGCUGAAACCAGAGCUACUGUGCAGGCCAUGAAAAGCAAGAUGGGCCAUUGGUCUGAAGGCCGCUUCAUGUGAUCCUAUGGCUUCCAAUUCAGCUCUAGUCGCACACAACUAUAGACACCAAAGAGGCAUGAAGCACCCCCCCCCAACAAAGAUGCAGCUAAAACAAUCUGCAUGCAGGUGUGAGUUUCCACCUGUAUCAGCUUGGUUUGAAGAGGCCUUCCGUGCUCAGAUCUCCCUUGCUGAAUUUGGGCGGCACCCUUUGGCCUACACACAAGCAGCUGAACGAUGCUCCUGUGUACUGACAUUUGAGGGGGAAACAGCCAAGCUCUGCCUUGCUUCUCUUUUGUGGGAUAGGAAAUGCAAUGCUUUCAUUUGUUGGUUACCUUUUAAGAAGGAACAUUUGACAUUGUGGCAUCUCCUUCCUUUCCCCCUCUCUUUUUAAUGCAACUUGGACCUGUGUGUUUUCUGAAAAAAGAGGGGCGUGAGUUUCAUUUUGUGGAAAAACUAGUGCGCUGAAAUGAUGCAGAGUUGUUUUUCAGACGAGAAGCAUGCCAUGUGAAAAUCUUGUUUCCACAACCCUUUCGAACGUUACUGCUGAAAUCAACGUCUUCUUGACUUGCUGCCCAUAUGGUCUCUUCAUUCAAAUGCCAUUGUGUUGGCAAAGGUACUUUGACUAAGCUCUCCAAGGUGUGGAUUCAUCUCUGGCCCAAUAGCCACUAAGCCACUGGAAUAGAGAAACCUAGGGCUGUUAGAUGUGCUAGCCAUGUCACUCUGCCAUAUAACUGGAAUCUCAUCAACUGCAGCCAGGGCCAGAGGCAAAUUAGGACCUACAUGGAAGCAACGCAGGAAAGAUGGGACUCUUCCUUCCCUUUCACUGAGGCCACCUCUGCACCUGAACAAAUUUAAUCUUCGACCUGUGCACCCAUACUUGUGAUAGGACAUAUCUAAUUUUUUAAUAAGAUGGUCCAGUGUCCCAUAUGACAAAGCCUUCAGUUCCAAAGUUCUUGUGGGAUGGGUAGAAACAUAUUCUGAGCAGUAGCAAAGGGAAGGAAUGAGGUCAGUUGGGCUGGGCGAUAUAACAAUCUGUUUAUCACACCAAAUCAGUUUGAAGUCCAUAUUGUGCUAUCGGUUUCAUAAUUUUUGACCUGGCAAUAUAUUGCAAAUUGUGUGUGUAUGUGUGCGCGCUAUGCAAAAAUCAUGAUAGGGGAAAAUCUGUGAAGCCAGCCAAUGCCUCCAUCCUUAUUUCAGACAUUGUGAUAUAUUGGUAUAUCGCGAUGUUUAGCUGGUGAUAUACCGCAAUGUUGAAAACCAGAUAUUGCCCAGCUCUACUGUUCACCUCUACAUACUUCCAGCCUUAUUUCAGACAGAGCGCUAUAUCGAUAUAUCACAAUGUUUAGCUGGUGAUUUAUCGUCAUGUUGGAAAUAAGGUAUUUCCGAGCCCUGGAGGUCAGCAUUCUGUAAAUGCACCAGCAGGAGCACUGAAUUGGGUCGAUGGCAGGUUUGCACUGCACAGCCCUCACAACGCCUUGCCACUCCCCCUCUCCAUCAUGAUAUGUAGCCCAACUCUGCCAGAGGGCGGCCAGGUAAGCAGUGUAGCUCCAGCAUGCCAUUCACCACGGGUUGUGGAUAGAUGACAAGCUAGACUGUGUAUUGAAACCCCAGCAACCCAUCUGCAGUGCAGAUAAGCUACUUGUGCUAGGGUACUUCUGCCUUAUGGGUUCGGCCACUUUAUCCCAUACGCACUGGUGGUUUCUUCCAUCGUCAAUCACCGGAUAAGCAGGUUUUACAAAAGGAAGGACUCCCAUUUGGUAAGAAUUGCAGGAAACUGAACUUUCGAAUACUCUCGAUUCCUAGCCUUUUUCAAGGCAGGGUAAUGUGCUUUUACCAUGUAAGGGCUGUUAACUAAUAUUGCAAUCUUAUUGGGGCUGAACAUUUAGGCUGCGCUCCUCUGCACACUUAGUUUGGAGCAAGCCACUUUUAAAUCACUGGGAUGUCCUUAAAAAUAGGCAUGCAUAGGAUUUCGGAGUUAACUUGGUUAAUCAGUUGACCAGGAUUUGCUUAAUUAGCUGACGACCCUACAUGUAACCACGUGACUAUUGAAAGAAAUUGGUCACUCUUUGUGUGAACUGUCUCCGACUCAAAAUAGUUACCCUUAAUUUACUCAAUAUUACCUCUGCAGGUUUCUUUUCAGCUCCCCGCUAUUCUUGAGAUUGACAUUGAGCACUGAUAUGUUUGUUUGUUUGCAUUUAGGCAAAUCUACAUUUAGAUGAUAGUAAUGACUGUGUCAUUGUGAAUUCUUUUUUGAAAAAAAAUAAUUAUCAAAAGAUGCCUAUGAAACGUGUUAUAUAUAUAUAUUUGAAACUUCCAGAAUUCUCACAUUGAGGAGACCACUCUUGCCACAGAUACAAGGAGGCUGUUCUUGUUGCUUUUCCUUUUUCGUUUCUGAUUGGUUUCUAAAUGAGUAUAGACAGUAUUCAAAAAAUACGGUGACGAAAAACUUUUAACACGCCCUUUGGGUUUUCCUUGCACUGUGAAAAGGUUUUGUUUUUUCUUUCCUUGUGAAUAGAUUGUAAGGGUGGAGGGAUGUUUGUUUGAUCCUGAAUUUAUUAGGAUAUUAUACCCCCUCCCCCAUUUUUAGUGGGGGCUUCUAAAGCAGGUAAAGUAUUAGUAAAACCUCUGAGGGGUGGGUUUUUUAUGAUCAAGUGGUUUAUAAAUUUUAUGAUGUCAAUAUAAUAAAUUCUAUUUUUGUAAUACUCAAAAGUAUGAAAUGGGAGGGGGACUUCUAGCCUGUAGCAAUAUUUGGCGCAAGAAUUUCUGGCAGCUCAAUGAACAUGUCAACAUGAAAAAGUUUUAUGUAGUUCGAAACUUAAAAGUUCUCAGGUUCUAACUUGCUGUUACUGUGGUAUGACAUUUUUAUUUUGCAUUUUCUUAACUGGUUGUGUGUGCGUAAAUAAACCUUUUUGGGGGGCAAAACGUGUUCAAAUGUACAUGGCCACCGUCGUCAUUCACCCUACUGCAUUGUUCUUUCUAAAUACACAGUGAGUGUAAGAUUAAAAAAAUCAUGGAUUCAUAUAAUCAAAUUAAAAGCAUAAGAUAAGAAUCAAAUAAUGUCACAAAUACAUAAAACAAUUGUGGGCUGGCAGGAGCCACCAAUGGGGAGAGAUGCCCCGUUGUUCUCGGGUUCUGGUUGGCCACUGUGAGAACAGGAAGUUGGGCUAGAUGGGGUUUUGGCUUGAUCCAGUAGGGCUCUUCUUGGUCCUGGCCAGGUGAAAUGGUGAACCCAACUGAGACUGGGCAGCUGGAGAAGGCAAGGCAAGUAGAGGCUGCUAGCCUUUCUUCUUGGUCCGAUUAUUGCUCACUCGCUUGGGUGAGAGCAGGUGAGGUACACGGCUAGGGGGUUGGCAAGAGGGUCCAUUCCUGCGAAUUGGGCUUGAGCAGAUGCUCAGCAGUGUCGAUCCGAUGUGCGCCAAUCCAAAAUUCACAAUCUGCUUGAGCACCACUCACGGAGACGCUGCAGCCCAACUGAUGUCCGAAGCUAGGCACUUGCAUCAGAUAACAGCUCUGCAGUGACAUCUCCAGGCCUCUUGAUCUGACGCAAUCUACAGCCAACCAUGCAAUGACAUGACCUGCAGUCUAACUCUGGGAUUGCUUUACUGGCAAAGAUGAGGUGUUGUUCAGAGUUGACCCUACCAUUCGGCAAAGCAAGGGAGGUGCCUCAGGCAGCAAGCGGGCAGCAGGGGCAGUUCCUCCUGAGCCCCUUGAUCAUCUUUCCGUGCCAGAGCUAGGGAUGGGUGAAACUGUCAGUUUGGGUUUCUUUGUUCCUGAUUUUUACCAACGUCUUAAGUUCAGCUCUCUACAUUUCUGCAUCAUAGCACUGUAGAGCUGGAAAGAGCCCAAGGGUGUUCUAGUCCAACCCCCUGCAAUGUAGGAAUCUCAACUAAAGCAUCCUGGACAGAUGGCCAUCCAACUUCUGCUUAUAAACCUCCAAGGAAGGAGAGUCCACCACCUCCCGAGGGAGUCCGUUCCACUGUUGAACAGCUCUGUUAGAAAGUUCUUGCUGAUGUUUAGUCAGAAUCUCCUUUCUUGUAAGUUGAAGCCAUUGGUUUAGGUCCUACCCUCUGGAGCAAGAGAAAGCAAGCUUGCUCCAUCUUCCCUCUCGGCAGCCCGGGAGUGCUGCCAGUCAGUGUAGGCAAUACUAAGUAGAUAGAUUCUCAUGUAAGGCAGAUCCCAAUGUUCCUUUUUCCUAUGUGGAAGGAAGAGGAGCCUUUCAUCAUGUGAGAACUGUUGCCCAACACACUUAUUUCGGCCAUUUGGAAGCUAGCGAUGCUGCCAUUUUGCUUUGGUGUGAGGAAAUAUCUAAGAGAGCGGCUUGUCCAACAUUGGAAAGAUUUGUUCUUGGGGUACUUUCAGAAGAUAAAAUGGCUCUUCAUCGGAGGAGAAACCAUUUCAGAUGUCAACCGAAGGUCCACAUCCGGCUUACUGCCACAUUGCCCAAAAUUUGAGCGAAACUGAUACUUCAUUGGUGUUUAUGAAACACCAAGUGUGGGGCAGAAAUGAUGAGUUCUGCCAGAGGCAUCCAUCCGAGAGGCAAAGUGAUCCUUACCCGCAGACCAGAAAAGAGAGGCGAAAUUUACCACCAGUUAUGGAAACAGCCCUCCUUCUUAACCAAAAAUAAACAGUAAAUUGCAAGAACUCGGGCCAGGAGGAAGAUGAAUUUCAAGUAAGUCUUCAAAUGGUUUUAUUUAUGUAAUGAUAAGAUGAAUGCAUAUAGGAAUCAAUUCCAGUAUGACAACGAGGCAAGUAAAAAUAAAUUGCAGUG